AUGCGUCUCUUCUCAUCGGACAACCAGGAUUCCAGGUAUGUGCUCUCCAACAUGAUGGACGACAUGCACGUCAGUCUGGACCUUCCGCCCACGACUUUCGAUCCCUUCGAAUCGAUGGUACGCUUGGGAUUGGAGUACAACAUCCCCGUCUUCGUAUCCAUCGCCGUUGGAAACAACCUAGACCGGAGAAAGGGUAGAACCAUGCAGAUAUCGCACAGCAGGAAAGAGCUGGAGUGGUACGCCAAGAGGAAGAAGAAUCGCAGACAGGCACGGAAGGUAUAUCACGAGUGCUACAAGGCGUACUUCAAAGGCACGUACGACCAGACGUCGUUAGGCAUCAAAGCCGGUAUGUUCGCGAGAGAUAUUGAUCAGGCGGAGGAAGAUGCUUCUAAUAUCGCCUGGAAUGUCCCUCUUACGGACUCAGAUAGGCCGUCAUACCAGGAGACGACAGUAGGACAACUUCCAGAUGACUGGCCGGUUGUACUGAUAAAUCUCGGAAAACAAUAUGUCCACGAGAAGGACGUGGUGUUCGUCGAUCCAAAAGCCACUAAAUUUAUCAAAACUUUGCGUAGCCGUUUUGCUGACAUUGAAAUGAAAAUCCUCAUAGCGUGGGUUUUGCUAAGAGAAUACGGCGUGUAUGUUAGUCCGUCUCUCUUGGCGACUCUAUCGCCGUCGCGAUCGCCUCGAGACCUGUGCUCUGCACGAGUUUCGGAAGUAAUGCCGGUGGCGUUUUCUGCGUCCUACCUUUCUAAAGUGAUCACUGAAGACGCUAUCCAAGCAGCGGAUGGCAUUGUGCUCAACGUCAGAGACGCCUACAUAGCAUCGCUCAUCAACACCAGCUCGCUCGAUGACGAACCGAAAGCAGCCGCCAUCGCAAAGUUGAAGGCCAUGGAGUUCUAUUCAGCGUACUCAAAGGGUCUCAUCGACGUCCAGCAACUAGAUGCGUAUUACGAAGGAUACACACCGGAGGAACGGGAGCCAUUCUUUGACACUUGGCUGCGAGGGGCUAAAGCGCUCCAAGUAAAGAAAAUGAGCGCCAUCAACACCGGGGCUGUGUUUCCUGUGUAUGAAUCAAAAGUAUUCUACGUGGUUCACAGCAAUCGGUUAGUAGCUUUGGCACCCGCUCUUCGACCGACGCUCUUUAUACGAGACGGUCCGGCGUCGUUCAACUACGGUGGGUUAGGUGCGCUAGCCGGACGCGAGAUCAUGUACGGGUACGACUUGAACGGCAGCACGUACGACGCGUUCGGAAAUAAGCACAACUGGUGGUCACCACCUGCGAGGGACCACUACUUGAAACAAGCGCAGUGUGUGAGGCUGUCGGCUGACACCCUGACCGAAGGAAGCGUGAAGUUGGGCAGCGAGGCAGGUGAUGUACUCCUCGCUGACUUAGUGGGUCUGCAAAUGGCGGCCAGAGCCUUUCAAGCUGUCGCUGGAGGAAAGGAUCCCUUGCUCCCAACACUUCCAUUCUACUCGAUGCAGCUAUUUUUCCUCGCUCACUGCUACAAAUGGUGCGAUGAGCAGGACGAAACGGACGGCCUUCGCCAUGGGGAACGAUGCAACGUUGCCGUCACCAAUAUGGCGGAAUUUCCGGACGCUUUCAAUUGUAAACUCGGCGACCGUUUAAACCCCUCUGAGAGGUGUUCCUUCUUCUGA